AUGAGGAGCGCUCUGACGGCGCCCGGCUUUUCUCUCUUGCUGAUUGGCGUGUCGCUCGCCUGUUACUCGCCUAGUCUGCGCUCGGUGCAGGAUCAGGCGUACUCGGCGGCCGUGGUGCUGGAGGGCAAGGUGCAGGCGCUGUCCCCGGCAGCGGAUUCUCCGACGCCAGCAACCGGCAACUGGAGCAGAGACGAGACGCCGACGUCCGGCAUCCUGGUGAAGGUCCUGGACUUGUGGCCCCUCAACAGCGGUGGGCUCCAGAAGGAGCAGCUAAUCCGCGUGGGCUCCAUGCCGGCGCCCUGCUUCAAAGUCAAGCGUAACAACCGCUACAUCUUCUUCCUGGAGCCCACCGAGCAGCCUCUGGUCUUCAAGACCUCCUUCGCCCCGCUGGACACCAGCGGCAAGAACCUGAAGAAGGACGUGGGCCGGAUCCUGUGCGUCGAUUGCGCUGUCGCUCCAAAACUCAAGAAACUGAAGAGCCUAAAUGUAGAAGUUGGAGCAAAGGUUUCUUUGAAAUGUGAGGCCAGCGCUGGAAAUCCUCAGCCAUCCUACAAAUGGUUCAAAGAUGGCAAAGAAAUUAAAAAGAGCAAAGAUAUCAGAAUAAAAUAUGGGAAUGGAAAGAAAAUAUCUAGACUUCAGUUCAGUAAGGUGAAAGUUGAAGAUACAGGAGAAUACGGUUGUGAAGCAGAGAAUGUUCUGGGAACAGACAUUGCCACAGGCAGUCUCAUAGUCAGAGGUGUAACAACAACUCUGCCUUCUGCUCCUGGACAUACUAGACAAUGCAAUGAAACCGUGAAAUCCUAUUGUGUGAAUGGUGGAGUGUGCUAUUAUAUUGAAGGCAUAAAUCAGCUAUCAUGUAGGUGUCCGAAUGAAUUCACAGGGGACCAGUGUCAGAACUUCGCAAUGGCCAGCUUUUCCAAGUAUCUUGGAUUAGAGUUAAAGGAAGCCGAGGAGCUGUAUCAGAAGAGAGUUUUAACCAUUACUGGGAUUUGUGUUGCAUUGCUUGUGGUGGGAAUAGUAUGUGUAGUAGCUUACUGUAAAACCAAAAAACAGAGAAAUCGGAUGCACAAUCAUUUGCGGCAAAAUAUGUGUCCAGCACAUCAGAACAGGAAUCUAGCGAAUGGCCCUAGCCAUCCUCGGCUGGAUCCUGAGGAAAUUCAGAUGGUUGAUUAUAUAUCUAAAAAUGUUCCUGCUGCUGAGCAUGUCAUAAGAAGAGAAAUAGAGACCACCUUUUCAGGGAGCCAUUCCUGUUCACCAUCACAUCCCUCUUCCACGGGAACUCCAACUUCAAGCCAAAGACAUGAAAGCCACACCUGGAGCUUGGACCGCACAGAAAGCCUCACUUCUGAUUGUCAAUCUGGGAUGAUGUUGUCUUCUGUGGGAACCAGCAAAUGCAACAGUCCUACCUGUAUGGAAGCUCAUGCUCGGCGGGAAGCAUCAUACUCCAUUGAGGAACAGAGGAGGCCAAUGAUGCAGUACAGAGAUUCUGUGGAUUCCCUUCGAGACUCACCACAUAGUGAGAGAUAUGUCUCUGCCUUGACCACCCCGGCACGCCUAUCCCCUGUUGACUUCCAUUGCUCAGCUUCAGCUCACGUGCCCACCUUUGAAAUAACUUCUCCUAAUUCUGCUCAUGCGGUUUCACUUCCCCCGGCUGCAUCCAUUAAUUUCCAAGUGGAGGAGCAACAGCCAUUGCUAAGAAGGUACCAAGCCCCCUGCCAAGAUACACAAAGGUAUGAUACUUACUACCAAAGAAGGAACUAUCUGAAUGAGAGUACAGGGAGCUUGCCCUCCAGUCCCUUCCGCAUCACAGAGGAUGAUGAAUACGAGACAACCCAUGAGUACAUCACUGCACUAGAACAGCCAAAGAGAACAGGCAGCAGCAACAGGCGGUGGAGGAGAUCUAAACUGAAUGGCCACCUGUCUCACAGAGGCAGAAUGCUUAGAGAUUCCUUUUCGGUCAGCAGCGCCUCAUACAGUGAGUCUGAUGAGGAGCUGAUAGCUGAGAGCACCCCUUUCUUAAGCAAUCGGAACAUGGAGGCGACGGACACAGAUUUGUACUGCUCAGCUGACAACAGAACUUUCUCUUCUUUCAGCAGAUUCAACGCACAGGGUGAAAGCCAACAAACACACACCAGAUCCAACCAAGGCUUUGCGCCACCUUAG